AUGGUGCAAGUUCAAGUAAACGAGGGCUGGUUGGAGGGGGAGGUGGUACAGAACGAGUAUGGCGGCUCCUACUACAGCUUCAAGGGGAUCCCGUACGCACAACCUCCACUUGGAGAACUGAGGUUCAAGGCCCCUCAACCGCCAAAGCCCUGGAAAGAUGUCCGCAGCGCGAAACAAUUCGGUUCAAAAUGCUACCAAUAUGAUGCAUUCUUUGAAAAAGGAAAAGUGUGUGGUUCUGAGGACUGCCUCUACCUCAACGUGUAUACACCAAGCAUCAAACCUGACAAACCUUUACCAGUCAUGUUCUGGAUUCAUGGAGGAGGUUUCAUAUCUGGGGCUGGUGAUGACGACGUGUACGGCCCCAAGUUUCUCGUAAGACAAGAUGUUAUCCUUGUCACGUUCAAUUAUCGACUUGAAGUUCUUGGUUUCCUCUGCUUAGACACUGAAGAUGUGCCUGGAAAUGCUGGAAUGAAGGAUCAGGUAGCUGCCCUCAGGUGGGUGAACAAAAAUAUUGCCAACUUCGGAGGUGACCCAAACAAUGUAACAAUUUUCGGUGAGAGCGCUGGGGGGGCCAGUGUCACUUAUCACUUGAUAUCACCAAUGUCCAAAGGAUUGUUCCGGAGAGCGAUAGCUCAAAGUGGUUCUAAUGUCGGGUAUUGGGCUCAAGCGUACAAACCUCGUGAAAGAGGCUUUGCGUUGGCAAGGAAAUUAGGAUUCUACUCCGAUGAUCCUAAACAAGUAUACGAGUUCUUAAAAGAACAGCCUGUCGAGGCUCUUAUUAAAGCUGCUGUACCGAUAACAUAUUCAGAGAAAGUAAGAGACAUUGAGAUAUAUUUUAAUGUCACUGCUGAAAAACAGUUUGGAAACAACGAACAAUUCUUCUACGGAGAUGUACUUGAUUCAGUAUCGAAUGGCAUUCACGAAGGAGUUGAUAUUAUGACAGGAUACACAGCGGAUGAGGGUAUAAUGAGCUUGGCUGUGUUUGGAGAUAUCUCUGCAAAUUUAGAACAAGCUAGAAACUUUUCACAGUUUUUCAUUUCGUAUCCAAUGUCUCUCACAUUGUCCACUAACGACCAGCUGGAGCUUGGCAAGAGAAUAAGAGAAUACUAUUUCAAGAAUUCAAUUUCGAUACCAGAUGAUUGGGAGAAGUUGGAGAAAUUUUAUGCAGCAUGCCAAUUCCUGUUUCCUGCAAACAGAUGGAUUAAAUUGGUUGCUCGAUCUAAGAAGAAUAAGACAUAUUUUUACAAGUUCACUUGCGUAUCAGAGUUGAAUAUGAUAUCUCAGAUGAUGGGCGUAGGUGAUUUAAUUAAGGACAAACCAGUGGUAGCUCACGCAGAUGACUUACUUUAUUUGUUUACGCCGAAUACUUCACCAAUAAUAGACAGGAAUUCGAAAACAUUCCAACAUGUGGAAAAGGUCACGAAACUUUGGACAAACUUCGCUAAAUUUGGAAACCCAACCCCUGACGAUUCAUUGGGCGUCACUUGGACUCCGUACUCAGUGGCCAAUAAGGAUUACCUAGACAUUGGCAACGAGCUCAAACCUGGUCACGCGCCGGACGACGAGGAAGUACAAUUUUGGGAAAACGUUUUAACAGAAUUCAACCAGAAAUUGUAUUGA